ACGCAGAGUGAAAACUUGGAAAAUAUGUAGGACAGUGCCAAGGAAGUAACCUUUAAUACUUAUAAUAGAUACAGCAAAAAUCCUCUACGUAUACAUGCACGGAAUUGUACUUUUCUUCAUUAAAUGCACACACACAGAUAUGAAAAAUACUCCGGAUAUCUUUCGAGUUUAUCUUAGUACAGUACAUUUGCUUUCAGCUGAUAGAUAAACAUUUAAUCCCUCAACAACUAUGCAAACGCUUAAGCAGAUUUGAAAAAGUGAAGGGCAUUUGAUUGAUAGCACUUGGGUGGAGUAAGAUAUCUCGAUACAUAUUGGUACGGAUGGAUAAUUUACAAUAAACCACAGAUUCACCAAUUUUUGAACACACAACUAUUAUACACAAUGGCGGAUUUAGUGCGAGACACAUUAGAAAACUACUCCGCGGCUUCAAAUCUCAUGCACAAUGAGAAAAUCCGAGAAAUGAUGGCAUCCGGUCAAACCAUCUACCACUUCGGCUUUGGACAGUCUCCAUUCCCAAUCAUGAACAAAGCAGCCGACAGACUGGCAAAACACGCGUCAGAAAGCGCGUAUCUACCAGUAGCAGGGAUUGAAGCGUUACGAGUUGCCAUUCGAAAUUUUCACAAUAAGUACGACAGUAUUUCUUUCAGUGCCGAUGACGUCAUUGUCGGCCCAGGCAGCAAGGAACUCAUAUUCCUUCUGAUGAACAUAUUCCAGGGAGAUAUACUUGUUAUAUCCCCAUCUUGGACAUCCUACAAGCCUCAGGUAAUGUUGUCUGGCCACAAAGCUAACGUCGUACCUACAUCUAUGGAGGAUGAAUGGAAAAUAAGACCAGAGAAAUUCACCCAGUAUUUGAAGGACAAUAAUCUAAGUGGAACAAAACUUUUAAUAAUGAACAAUCCAGACAAUCCGACGGGUACCUUGUACACACAAAAAGAACUUAGUGAUUUAAGUGAGGUAUUUAAAAGAGAAAAAGUAAUUGUUUUAUCGGAUGAAAUCUACGGAAGACUUACAUUUGAUGAUAGUUUUGUGUCUAUGGCAAAGGUUUAUCCCGAAGGGACCAUAUUGUGUUCAGGGAUGUCUAAAUGGGCCAGCAUGGGAGGGUGGCGGGUUGGAUACCACGUGUACCCGGAGAAGCUGUCCGCCCUCAAGAACGCUGUCAGGAGUGCGGCUAGUCAUACAUACACCACUGUAGCAGCUCCGAUACAAUUUGCCGUAGCUGAGGUGUUAAAUGAUUUGGACACGUGCGAAGCCUACAUGAGACACACGUGCCGCAUAAUGGCAGCAGCUGCACAGUAUUGUCACAAAGAACUGUCUGAAGUUGGAGUAAGUUCCGUCAAGCCUAAAGGUGGUUUUUAUAUCUUCCCAAACUUUGAAAUUCUCCGAGCUAAGUUGAAAGCUCGUGGAAUAGAACGAUGCGAGGAUAUGGUGAAAUCAUUAUUUGACGAGACUUCAGUUUCUGUAAUGGCUGGAGGUCCAGCGUUCUUAAGACCCGAGACGGAAUUGACAAUCCGGUUGUGUUAUGUUAACUUUGAUGGUGCUAAGGCUUUAGCGGCGAGCGAGAGGAUCGGGCUUGAAUCUAGUCUUCCAGAAAACUUUGUACAAUCACAGUGUUCACAAUUAUAUGACGGUAUUCAGGUACUGAAGCAAUGGGCGAAGAAAACAUUGGAGUAGUAACGCGUUUUCAUUUUGUGACAAACAUUUUCUCUGUAUUACAUGUCAUCAUUUGCUUUAUUACUUGUCAAUUGACACUUACUUGAGAUUUUUUUUGCGAUGUUCGUCAGAUUACCAAUUCUUUAAUACGUGUUUAAUGUAUUAAUGUGAGUAUUUCUUUUAUUAUGCCUAAAUUGU